ACGAUUUGAGGAGCAACUCCUCAACCGCCUCGCUUCUAGAAGAAAACGUAGCAGAUCGAGAAGUUUUAAAACGCGGGCCUCCGUCGUCCCCGUCUCCCACUCGAGCGUACACCCUCGGAAGGAGACGACCAGAUCUAGGGCUCCAAGGAUCAAGGAUGACCUCCGUCGCGUCGCGAUACGGAAGAUCAUCGGAGACUGAGCCUCUUAAAGCGGAGGAAGCAGGAAGAGAAACGUCUAGAUCAAUAGCAAAGAUACUUGUACUGGGUGGCAAUGGAUUCGUGGGAUCACAUGUUUGCAAAGAGGCAUUGGCUCAAGGAUUUUCUGUUUCUAGUCUCAGCAGGUCAGGCAAACCAUCAACACGUGAAUCAUGGGCUGAGAAAGUUGAGUGGCACAAAGGGAAUCUUCUUGAACCUGAAUCUUUGAGGGAUGCUAUGAGUGAUGCAACUGCAGUGGUAUCUUGUGUCGGAGGCUUUGGAUCCCCUUCCCAUAUGCGCACACUUAAUGGGACUGCAAACGUUAAUGCUGUACAAGUUGCUUCUGAGCAAGGUGUACAAAGAUUUGCAUAUGUAUCCGCAGCUUCUUUUGGUGUCAUAGAUUACUUUCUUCAAGGAUAUUAUGAUGGACAGAGAGUGACUGAAGCAGCAAUAUCAUCCAAGUUCCCAAAUGGAGGUGUAAUUCUCAGACCAGGUUACAUAUACGGUAAAUCGGAAUCAAUAAUCUUUGCACCUUUUGAGAAGGUUCUCCAGUACGCAGAACCACUUCGACGCAUCCCACUUAUAGGUCCUGUCUUCACGCCUCCAGUUAGCGUGUUCAAAGUCGCAAAGGUUAUUGUGAAAGGUGUAACCGAUCCAACAUUUUCUCCUGGCGUCGUCGAUCUAUACAGCAUUAUUCGUCUGGGCAAAGAACUGUGAUUUUUGCUCUUGGGAGUUUCAUGGAGGCAAGCAUAGACGUCUUCCUUUGGAUUCACUCAACAAUUCUGCAAAACAUUCUCAUUGCUUCUAUUUCAACUUGCUGAAUUGAGGCGUGGACAAAAACAACAAAAAAAAAAAGAGACUUUAUGUUUAUGAUAAGUUUGUUGGACGUGCGCUUUAUUAUAUGAUUGCAUUUGAAGAACAACCUGCUGGGAAUGCACUAUUUUUGUUGAAUUUUCCUUUCUUUUACAAUAUUUUUGUUGAAUUUUCCUCUAGUCUUGAUAUUUGAUUUA